ACGGUUGCACUCAAACCAUUCAUUAUUCAUUGAUUAUCGUUUUGUUAUACAAGCAAAAUACUUUUUAAAUCUAUUUUCUUCAAUUAUCAUUGUGGAACAUUGUUUUCUACGUUCUCAGUUAAGAACAUAGAACAUCAUCUUGAGUAUUUGAGGUUAUGUGUGAUGUUAUUGUAAUGACGUAAUCGAAGAAAAUCGUAUUCAAAAUUUCCAUUUUCAUAAUUCCGUUUAUUCAUAACAUUGGAAAAUGGCAUCAUCGAGAGCCAUGAACCAUUUAUUACGAAGAUCGUCGAUACUUUCUACCAACUCAAUUAUGUGUUCUUCCUAUUGCCCUGGAGUCCCAGCAAGUUUGACUCGACGAUAUUCUAGUCAAAAAUCGUUAUCGAAAGCAGAACACAGUGAAUCCGGCACUCAACUGCAAACCGGCUUUGCAGAAGUAGUCAAAGAAAACACAAAGUCAGCUUGGUACAUGAGUGUAAUCGUCGCUGGAGUUGGAGUUACCGCUCUAAUGUUUUACGCGAUACUUAGAGAACUAUUCUCAGGCAAAAGUCCCAACAAUGUUUAUACUAAAGCUGUGGAUCGUUGUAUGGAGGAUCCUAAAGUUAAAGAUGCUUUGGGCGAACCAAUCAAAGCUUAUGGAGAGGAAUCAAGGAGAGGUAGACGAGGCCAUGUGAAGCACACAUUGUACGAACAGAAUGGUGUCAAUCAUAUGAGGAUGCAAUUUUAUAUUCAAGGAAGUCGUAAGCGAGGCACUGUUCAUUUGGAAGUUCAAGAGAACGCGUAUGGUAAAUACGAGUACAGGUAUUUGUUUAUCCAGUUGGAAGAUUUUGGUCGCAACGUAAUAGUUCUUGAGGACAAAAGAGCUGUGUCGGGGUCGGGAGUGCAACCAAACAAUUUUAACAACGAGCCCAUUCUCUCAUUGUCGUAACUUUUUAAUAUACAACUUCUGCGAUCACGUUAAUGUGAAACAUUGUAGGUCUUUUUAUCAUAACAUUUUUCCUUGUAUUGCUCAUGCAAUCACCGAUUGUGAGACUCUCGAUAAUGAUAAUUUUAAUAAAAUCAUCUACCCAAGUUGAGAACUGUAACCCGUACGGUUUGCCAAAUAACGAAACUAACAUGAAAUCGCAUUAUUACAUUCGGAUUUUUUGAUAUUUUUAAUGGUAGGAUGACACACAAUUUUUCAGAGAAUUUUAUCAGAAAAUAUUAAACACAUGGAACAAAUAAUCAGAUUGAGUACAAGUUUUUCGUUUUUAAUUUUCUGUGGUGUAUUUAUACGAUGGGUAGAUGCACCAAAAACUCUACAACUUCUUUAGACUUGUUUUCAAAAGAACUCUUAAGGGGUUUACCCUAAUUAGACGGGCAAAAAAAGACUAUUUUCACGAAUUUUUUGACCGGUAUAAAUUAUAAAUAUGGAUAUAAAAAGUGUUGGGCUUGAAAAAUAUACUUUUAAAAUACACAAAAAAAUUUGUUUAUAUUUUACUCAGUUUUCGUACAGAAAAGACAGGUCCAAAAAAAAGAUGAGUGUCCGCUGUUGAUAAAACCUUUGGAAUAGAUAAUCGGAAAAAAUUGGUUUUAGAUCCAAUCGAUAAAUAGCUAUAGCGCAUGUCAUGCGAUUUUUUAUUUUUUCAAAAAUGAUAUAAUGACGGCCAUUUUUCCAAAAACUACGAAAAAGCACGUUUUUUUCAUAAUUUUUUGCAAAUAAAAAAUAGUUCCACUGAAAAUUUCAAAAUUCGUAUGAUUCACGCUAUAGUUAUAGUCAUAAAAAGCAUGUGGUAAAAUUCUGGUAAGGAUCGGUUGAAUAGUUUUGGAGAUUUUAUCAACAAGCUGUCAAAAAACGUCAUUUUGAGAAAAACUCAUUUAAACAAAGACAGGUACGCGCCGCUCUGUGCGCGUGGGCGGAGCCAAAAAUCUAAUACUACUGCACUAAUAGUAUGAGUGUAUUCAUGCAUUCUGUCAGCGCCAUCAUAAAGGGGGCUCCGGCGUUUUUGGAGGAAUACGUAUACACGACACACGCUCACUUUCAAAGUAGUAUGUGUACGCGCACGGAGCGAACAUUAGCGUGCUCAGACAGCCAAGUAAACGUCGCUCAAAAGAAAACUUAGACUGUUCAAAUCUUUAUAAAAUUUUACUAUCAUACUUUUGAAUGUGCAUAUUUUCGGAAAAUGCAAUAAAAAAAUCGAUUUUUUGAAAAUUCUAGUUAGGGUAGAUCCUUUAACGUAAGAAUGUCAAAAAGGUUUUUAUUUCUUUUUGGAAAAAAUAAUCAUUUUGAUCUUUUCUAUCAAUUUAGUUACUCAUUUCAACAAUACAUAAACAGAAAUUCAUCGAAAUUCAACAAUGGAAUCACACCUUGCCUUAAGAGUCGACGAAUUCCAAAAAGGUCGAGAAACUGUGUGUAUCAGAAAAAAAUUUACAAGUGCGAACGUAACGGUGACAACUUCGGUCAAAACUUGAUGACUUUUUGCAUUAAAUAUUGUUGGAAAUUAAGUAUUCUUCGUUCGUUAAAAACCCUUGGCAAUGCUCUGAUUAGUUCACAGUUAAAAUAUAUAAUAAUCUUGUUCUUAGUUUAUAGAUAUAUUGAGAAUGUUUUUCCCCCAUCAGAAGUUGUAAAGUUUUUGUCAUUCGACUGGAGGACGAGCUUCAAAAAUUAAACAUUAAAUAAAACAAUUAUUUUUUUUUUGAAAAUUGAAAUUUUUUUUAAAAAGAAUUGACGAGCUUAGAUUAUUCUACAGUAAGCGAUAAAAUGGUUAUUAAAAUUGAAAACAUGGAUAUUCGACGUAAAUUUAUUGAUUAUGCGAUGUAUUAUGCCAUGUCGAGAAAUUCACUAGAAAACUCUCGGUCGAUGUUCGAAUUUUUUAAAUGUUACUUUGUUGCACGAAUCGUCAAUUGGGGAGAACCUACUUUUUCGAUCUCUGAGCCAUGGCCUCGAGAAAAUAAUAUUAAUUGAUUUAAAUUGUAAUUCAAUAAGCCACGUAUUUGAUUGAACUUGUAUACUGGGUGCAACGAGAAUUACUUUUUUUUGUUCUUGUAUCGUACGUGGCCAAGAGACGUUAAGAAAUAACGACUACGUGCCAAUAAGUCGGUGUAAUACGACUAGGCAUCCCGAUUACAUGGCACGUACAUCGAGACGGACUUCAAAGCUUUGUAAUGAUAAACUAAUGAUGCACGCAUCUCGUCAAAAAAAUGAUGAGGAACGAAGACAGACCAAAGUGGACGAUGACUAGCAAAUGAGUAGAUUCUAAAAAUGACGCUUUACGUGUUGUGACAUCCGUUUGGUUCUGAUAGUUCAACGAAAUCUGCACUACAGGGAGUUUCAUUAGACGAAAAAUUAACGUCCAUUGAUUGCUUCGUACGAAUUUCCGAUGUUUCAACUUUUCAUGUAUCCUUAGAACGUGAUUGUGGUUUUUAUCUUGAUUAAAAUAAAUGUUUAAUCGAAAAGAAUUAUAAUGAUUCAGCAUAAAA